AUGAAUGAAAUUCUAGUCGACCUCAUUUAAUGUACGUGUAUUAGUGGUAUUAACAUGAUCACAUACCUGUUUUUCGUCAUUUUAUUUAAACCGGAUUGGAGUAUAGCUGAGAAAGGUGGAUGUAGCGAGAAUACGCAUGGAUGCUGUGCGGAAACAAUAUGGAAUGAAACACUCGGCAGAUGUACAGGAUGCAUGCCUGGAUACCUUGGUCAGUACUGCAAUGAAACCUGUGAAUAUCCACGAUACGGUAUGCGCUGUAUGAAGAAGUGUGUCUGUGAACAGGACACAUGUAACUUCGUAACAGGAUGUCCCCACCAAGAGUCAUCAACAAUCUUGGAGCAUUCAAGCUCCAUCCCUGGAGAAGGGAAACCAACAGAACCGAUAUUCAAAGAAGACGAAUAUGUUUCAUCAACUGUGCAAUCCAACAAAAGGGAAUCGAUCCUGGUACCAAUCAUCUCGGUUUUGGGUUCAAUUCUGAUUGGAGUCGGUAUUCUGUAUGCAAUCAUAUAUCUAUAUGAGAGAAAAAAAGUCACAGGGCCUCCCGAAUUUUCUUCUACACAAACCAAACAUUACGAACAGAUUGAUGAAAUUGCUAUUCAUAUCUGAAUUUAUUUCAAUCGUCAUUAAAUUACCUACUUUUACAGGAUGACGUAGGUAGUUCGGCAAUACUUAAAAUUGGCUAGCAGAAGACAACAACGGGUUCAAAUCCGAGUUCAUUUCAAGAUAAUUGUCUUAAAUUUUACCUGUUACUGCGCGAGGGCUUCUGUUGUGUGCAGCAUACAAUCUCCACUGAACUGAUUUAAGAUAUAAGGAUAUUCUCAUUUGAAACCCCGCCACCCCCACCCCCGCAUUAAACAUCAUGGAAACUGGGAAUCACCAUCGAAAAAUUACAAUGCUAAAAAGCAUUCACAUAUUUACAUUAUCAAUAUCGAUGCUCAUGCAUUUGGUUCCCAAAAAUCCUAUCAAAUUAUUGUAUAUGGACAAACAAUGUUUGAUAAACAAUAGUACGAUAAAUGUUAUAAUCAAAAUAUCGAGGAGAACACAUUCUACAAGAGAAAGCAAAACAGAUGAAUCUGUCAUGUGUAAAGGGCUGUAGCAUGGUGAAAAUAUCCAGUUAGUAAACCACAGACAUCAAUCGAAACUCCUCCACAUAAUGUACAUUGCAUAACCUUGGACAUAAUCAUAUAUAUCAAAGUUUUGAUUCCAUUGCCGAAUACUGUCGAGUCAUCAGAUUGGGGGCUCAAUUUUCGUGGAUAUCGCAAGUUGGUAAAUCCAUAAUCUACGAAUUUCAAACCUAACAUACACAACUUAUAUGAUGAUUUAACGUACAGAAAUUAAUUCUUUUAGAAACAGUGAUUUAUCAACAAUCUACAAAAAUUGGCCCCUACAAAGUUCGUUAAUUUUACUAAGAAUCUAACUCCUUUGCUACAGUCCCUGAAACGUUCUACAUUUCACGUGAACGGUGAACAUAUCGUGAACGCACUCUGAACGAAUCCAGAUCGAACUGGGUAUGGACGUUGAUCGCAACUUGGUGAAUGGUUGGUGAACGCUGAGCGAAUGCAGUACGUGAACAGGGCGCUAACGCAAGCGAAAAAUUAACGGUGAUCGAACGAUAAACGCAUGAUGAACGCAAAAUAAACGAUUUAUUAGGAACAUCCCGGAUGUUUUGCUUACACUGUGGUGAUGUGGCAUGUAUUCAUUCCCCAUUGAUUUAUUAUAGCAUUUAUACAUGUAUACACAGUUGAAUGUAUAAGGUAUUAUCAUUUUAAAGCCUUUUUAAUCAAUUAAACUACCUGUAUACUUUUGUAAGUACAAAUUCAACUUGAUUAUGAGUAUCACUUUGUUUCCAUCAUAUUGUUUUAGAAAAAAGUUUAUUUCAAUGACUUGCUCAAGUUCGAAUUCUGGGCCCACGCUUUACAAAAAAAAAAUCUGCAUGAAAUAAACCGGAAUGAAAACAGAAAACUGCUUGUUAUAGAAUUCCAAAUAUAUUCGGUGUAAGCAAAAUAUAAUGUAUGUACAAUGUACGAAUAUUGAAUUUUUUGUGGUGUCAAAGGGACCGUAACGGACGCCAAAGUGGAAUGGUACCUCUCCUACAUGCACGUACGCCAAAGUGCGAUGGUCCCUCAUUUCUAGGCGCACCACGUCGAAGUUCGAUAGUCUGACACGCCAAAUCUCAAUAUUAUUAAUUAUACAGACACUUAGAGGGGUAAUACGGAAAUAUAUUGGGUCAUUUGGGAAAACAAUCAUGUUGAGCGAGGCAUCAGCCGAGCCUAAUAUGUUUAUUUAAGGACCGCAUAUAUUUCAGUAUUACCCCUGUAAACGUCUGCAUAACGAAUUUAUCCUGUCGAUGAUUUUAGGCCUACCUAGGCCAUUGAUUAAAGUCAUAUUGAUAUUAUUCAUUCUUGAUGCUUUUCUACUGUACAUGUUUACAUAUGUAAAUGUCAUAAUAAAUGACUCCGAUCAGUGGCGGAUUUAAGAGGAGUGCGAGCCGCCACCCCUGCCCCCUAAAAGUUUCAAAUUCAAAGUAAAUCGUGGCAUCUUGUGGAGAAAAAUGCACUAAACGACAAAAGAAGCAAUAAUUUCUUCCACAGUCGGAGAAAUAAAUUAUGAAAUAUUUUGAUUUAUUGAAUUACUUUAUUGAGAGAACUUCAUUUUUUCCAGAAACUCUUAAAAUUUGCGUCAUUUUAUUAAUUUCACCUUAUUAAAAUUGAUAGAAAAUAGUACAAAUAUCUUUGAAAAUAGGAGACAUAUUUCAAGCCCUAUAAAAUCUGUAAAAUCCAGGAGCUUCCUCAGCCACCUUCACUGGGGGCCUUAAGGUGACCCCCAGACCCCGUGCCUCAUAAAGUGGCACCCCCACCCCGUAACUGCAGUUCCUGGAUCCGCCCCCUGGCAAUGUGUAUAUUCUUGAGAUAUUUUAUAAAAUGCACAACAAUGAAAAAUUAUGCAACAUUUAAACCAUAAACAACGGGAUAAAAACAAGUUUUUCAACAAUCUGUAAAUUCAAAAAGGAAUGUUUUGAUUUCGUAGAGCUGUGACGUCAUAAUAUGCACUGACUCUAGUGAUAGGUUAUAUGUAUUCUCAUGGCGUCAUAGUACACUUAUGUGGUCAUUAAAACAUGUGGAAGGGAUAUAUUGAAAAUAUUAGUUUAGUAAGAGACAUAACAUCGUUGUAUGUAGUAUUGGUUUCAGCCAAUGAAAUUCCAAGAUUUUUACUAGAGGCAGGAUAAUGGGUUUCGUAACGUUUCUGACAUCUGACAUCGUGUUAUCAUGACGCCAUUUGUAACGUCUCUGAAAACCAAAUCUUAAAAAAAAAAUGCUACGUCAGUUUGCCACGACGAAGAUUUUUUUUUCCUCUGGCACCAACGUCUUCCGGAUAUUGGAGGCUGGUAUGGGUGAUUAAGAACAUGGACGAUAGCAAGGGCAAUAUUUAGUGUUGACAAUUGUGAGAACAGCAAAUUAUAUUUGUUGUCGAAAUAUCUACUUAGCCCAAACAUCCUUUAUUGCGUGCUUAUUUAUUACUUUUGACGUACAUGUAAUAAAUAUCUGAAUGGAGGUAUGCUAUAAUGCAAAACAUUAUAUACGAUUUUGUGUUUCAGAAUUUUGUGUUUAGCAAAACGACAACUAAAUGAUAAUGAAAUAAGUUUUCAUCAUCAUUUUUGCAUGAAUUUUGCACGGAUAUUUGGGUGAAACACCUCACUUUGCUACGGUCUGUUUUGCAAACCAUCAGACUUCGUUGUGUCACUCCAUCGCUCUUUGGCACAUGAAUAUCUACCGUCGGACUUUGGCGUAUCACAUCAUCAUAUUUUGGCGCAUUCUCUCCACCAUCGCACUUUGAAGUGUCACAUCAUCGAAGUUUCCUUCCACUUUUGCACAUUUGUCCCCUCCUUAUCAAGAUCAGUCCUUUCACUUUGGAGUUCUGAAUGACAAUUCAAGGACAAAAGACUAAACGCUGAACAAACGGUGAACGCGCUUAGAGCGAACGAUGAACGAUUUAUGUACGGUGAACGGGAGCAGUUGGUUAACGAUGAACGUAACUGAAGAACUGUAACUUUCUGAAAAAAAAUAUUGUGACGGAACAGAGAGCUACAGAUCCGCCCCUUAUAAAAACUUUCGAUUUACGGUGCACAAAAAGCUGCGCAAGGUUGAGGCCUGAUAUCGUUGUAUUCUUGUGUUGCUGUCUCAUGAAUUCAAUAUCAAAAAUUAUUAACAUAUUGUCUUGCUAUACCUUCAAAUAUUCAAUAAAGCCCCAUACGACCCGAAAACUCACAGCUUCAAAUUAUUUCGUUUGUUGACGUAGCCAUGUUAGGUAGCCGACCAAUUCUAACCCUGUUGCUAUUGUUAUCUAUUCAUAAAAUUCGUUGUAAGUUAUGGAUUCGCUUUUCAUUUAUUAUCAACACGAAUGAUUAAUAGAAAUAUAAUUAUUCUACAGCUAAAAUAAGCUCUUGAUAAAUGAAAACGCUACAAAAGCCCAUCGUGGUCCUUAACACACGUGUGGCAGGGAUGGAGACAGGACCAGAUUAAUGAAAGCCACGUUGCCGUGAGUUUACCUAUUUUAUUAAUUAUCAUCUAAUGGAACUGGGAUGUUAUAUCAUUUAAAAUAUUUAUAGUUAAGUAUUUGCGGGGAUAUUAGUUCACAUCUAGACGUUAUUGUGCAAGUAUGGAAAUGAACCAGGAUUCGAAUUGACUGUCUACCUAACAUGGCUACGUCAACGAACGAAAUUAUUUGAAGCUGUGAGUUUUCUGGUCGUAUGGGGCUUAAAGGAAUAUUUGAAGGUAUGUUUGGACACAAGUAUAAUAGGAAAAUAUGUUAGAAUUUUUUUUUUAAAUCAAAUUCAUGAGACAACAACAGAGGGAUAUAACGAUAUCAGGCCUCAACGGUGUGUAGCUUUUUGUGCGCCGUAAAUCGAAGGAUUUUAAAAGGGGCGGAUCUGUAGCUCUCUGUUCCGUCACAAUAUUUUUUUCAGAGAGCUACAGUUCUGAAGCUACGAAAAACGCAAAACUGAAUGGAGAGCGAACGGUGAACGCGUGGAGAAUGCACGGCGAGGAAACGGGACGUGGUAAAGUAGAAAAUUUCAGGGAAUGUAAGGCGUAUUUCCAUGAAUAUGUGUGUAUAUAUAAUUUAUAAUAAAUGUAUUUAUUUUAUUCGGUGAUAAUCCAAUAAUGUUCAAAAUCCUAUAUAUAUACUCGAUCAUUGUUAAAUGAAACCCGGUGACCAUGAAACAAGGAAUAUAUGUAUAACAAAUAAUUGUUGCUUUUGCACAGAUAUUAUUCAUCUUUACAAUUAAAACCGCCUCCACAAACAAUCUUGUUUUCAAUUGGAUAUCAAAACAUAUAUCAUUUGUUCAUAUUGGAUAAGAUAUUUAUAGCCUGGAUCAUAUUCAUAAACAUUACACAUGGAGCAGGACUCAAGUACGCAGGUGAGCUUUGUGGCACAUACACCUCUUGUUUCAAGAAUAAACAUUAUAACUCAUACUUAACACAAAGGUUGCUCCUGACCUGAGGGUGUGUCAAUACCCCAUCAUAAGGUCAUUGAUUGAGGUCAAGGUCACAACAUAUUGUACAUAGUUUUGAUCCAAUAAAAAGCCCCAUGGUGGGUAUUAGUCUUUCUAUGACAUCUCUAGAUAGGAUGAGGAUCUUAAAAGAUUAAUCUGCUUCAUUUUCCUGUAUUUUAAGUCAUUAGCUUUAGAAAUGCUGUGUUAGUGCAAGGGUCUUCAGAGGUUAAUUUGUUGGAAUUUUGUUAGGAUCUGAGUCUUAGAGGAUGAAUGUAGGACAGAAAGUCAGUCCGGUAGUAGAUUGGCAAGGACUGAAGGACACUAUCCAUCUGAAGUAUGAGGUCCCUGUUCUGCUUCAUUCAUUUGGAAACAAUACUGUAUGGAUUUUAUAAUGCAAUACUUAAUAAGACACUGCUUGACCGGUACCUGUUAGGAGUUAGUGUAUCAAUAUGAUACACAGUUAGUUACAUGUACUUGAACAUGUUCAAUAUCGAUCGAUAAAUAUUGAUGUCAUUAGUUGAUUCAGCGUAAAUGCUAACACAGGAUCCACAUGAUAAUAAUAAAAGAUUUAAGUUACAUUUUUAUUGCAAUUGAUUUAUAGGCAUCAGGUUUAUUAACACAUAACAUAGUCUGGUCAAAUUCAUAUGUAAAUAAUUCUUAAUUUGGUUAUUUAUUGCAUGCUUUCCUACCUGAAACCUUUGAUAGGCCCUUUUUGACAAAAUUUUUUUCAAAGGUUUCAGUGUAAUUUUCUUUUAAAAUGUUGACACUAUUUAUUAAUGUUGCAUAUUUAUAUUUUGUUUUUUGAUUAAAAUCAAAACUUUGAAAUUUACAUUAAACUACUGUAUAAAAUAUCUGUGGAUGUUUAAAUAUGUGUUUUAAAUUAUGUGAAUUAGUAGGAAAAACACAUAUAGUAUAAAUUUAUAACUAUUCCUUCAACACGAAAAUGUUGUUUUAAAAGCUAACUCACUUCAUGUUGGAAUGUUUGCAUGAAAACUUCUUCUUUUGUUUGAUGUAUUGAAUGUUUAUAGGUUAUAGACUUUGCAUGGGAAAAUAUGACGACCGAGUUUUUUGGCGCGUACACGGACCGAGCUUGCGACAAAAAACGAGGUCGUCAUAUUUUCCCAGUCUAUAACCUUUUUAUUAAAUACUUUCAAUUUCAUUUAGAAACUAACAAUAAUUUAUUUCUAUCAAUUUCUUUAUUGAGUAAGAGAUGAAAAACACGAAAAUUCUGAAAUAUAACGGUGUAGUAAUUUGCUUGUGUAUUGAUUGUGACGUAAUGUUUGCGGGCCGGAAUGUUUGCGGGCAUAUAUCGUGUGAUAUAUGCCCGCAAGCUUUUAAAGAAAAAGAGGAGAUGAAAUUGAAAGUAUAUAAUAAAUUGUAAUAUUAAACUUGAUGCUGUGUAUAUUUUACUUGAUAAUCUUCCAAACCGUAUACUUUUUCUGAUAUUAAAAUUAUGAAAACACUGUU